AUAAAAGCGCUAAUCAGAUGUCUAUUUUUUUUCUUUUCCUCACCUGACACGGUGGCUGGCGAAUUUCGGCAUUCUAGAAUUACCGGCUGAAGAAGGAAAAACCUUGCUGGAACUUGUGAUUGAGCAGUUUGAAGACUUACUAGUUAGGAUUUUAUUGCUGGCAGCAUGUAUAUCUUUCGUUUUGGCAUGGUUUGAAGAAGGUGAAGAAACGAUUACAGCCUUUGUAGAACCUUUUGUAAUUCUGCUUAUAUUAGUAGCCAAUGCAAUUGUGGGUGUAUGGCAGGAAAGGAAUGCUGAAAAUGCAAUAGAAGCCCUUAAGGAGUAUGAGCCUGAAAUGGGAAAAGUGUACCGACAGGACAGAAAGAGUGUGCAGCGAAUUAAAGCUAAAGACAUCGUUCCCGGGGAUAUUGUGGAAAUUGCUGUUGGUGAUAAAGUUCCUGCCGAUAUAAGAUUAACUUCCAUCAAAUCUACAACUCUAAGAGUCGACCAGUCAAUUCUCACAGGUGAAUCUGUUUCCGUCAUCAAGCACACUGAUCCUGUCCCUGACCCACGAGCUGUCAAUCAAGAUAAAAAGAACAUGCUUUUUUCUGGUACAAACAUCGCUGCUGGGAAAGCUAUGGGAGUGGUAGUGGCAACCGGGGUUAAUACUGAAAUUGGCAAGAUCCGAGAUGAAAUGGUUGCAACUGAACAAGAGAGAACACCCCUACAGCAAAAGCUGGAUGAGUUUGGGGAGCAGCUUUCCAAAGUUAUCUCCCUCAUCUGCAUUGCAGUCUGGAUUAUAAACAUUGGGCAUUUCAAUGACCCAGUUCAUGGGGGCUCCUGGAUCAGAGGUGCCAUCUACUACUUUAAGAUUGCAGUGGCCCUGGCUGUUGCUGCCAUCCCUGAGGGUCUGCCUGCUGUCAUCACCACCUGCUUGGCUCUUGGAACUCGUAGGAUGGCAAAGAAAAAUGCUAUUGUUCGAAGUCUGCCUUCUGUGGAAACCCUUGGUUGUACUUCUGUUAUCUGCUCAGACAAGACAGGCACCCUUACCACAAACCAGAUGUCAGUCUGCAGGAUGUUCAUUCUAGACAAAGUCGAAGGAGACACUUGUUCCCUUAAUGAGUUUACCAUAACUGGAUCAACAUAUGCACCGAUUGGUGAAGUGCAUAAAGAUGAUAAGCCAGUGAAAUGCCAUCAGUAUGACGGGCUUGUUGAGUUAGCAACUAUCUGUGCUCUGUGUAAUGACUCUGCUUUGGAUUAUAAUGAGGCAAAGGGUGUGUAUGAAAAAGUUGGAGAAGCUACAGAGACUGCUCUCACUUGCCUGGUAGAGAAGAUGAAUGUAUUCGAUACCGAACUGAAGGGACUAUCUAAAAUAGAGCGUGCAAAUGCCUGCAACUCGGUCAUAAAACAGCUAAUGAAGAAGGAAUUCACUCUAGAGUUUUCACGUGAUAGAAAAUCAAUGUCCGUCUAUUGUACACCAAACAAACCAAGCCGGACAUCCAUGAGCAAGAUGUUUGUGAAGGGUGCUCCUGAAGGUGUCAUCGACAGGUGUACCCACAUUCGAGUUGGAAGUACCAAGGUCCCCAUGACUCCUGGUGUCAAACAGAAGAUUAUGUCUGUCAUUCGGGAGUGGGGCAGUGGCAGCGACACGCUGCGGUGCCUGGCUCUAGCCACUCAUGACAACCCACUGAGGAGAGAGGAGAUGCAUCUGGAAGACUCAGCCAACUUCAUCAAGUAUGAGACCAAUCUGACUUUCGUUGGCUGUGUGGGCAUGCUGGACCCUCCCAGGAUCGAAGUGGCCUCUUCUGUGAAGCUGUGCCGGCAAGCAGGCAUCCGUGUCAUCAUGAUCACUGGGGACAACAAGGGCACAGCUGUGGCCAUCUGUCGCCGCAUUGGGAUCUUUGGGCAGGAUGAGGAUGUCACAUCAAAGGCUUUUACAGGGCGGGAGUUUGAUGAGCUCAGCCCCUCAGCCCAGAGAGAUGCCUGCUUGAAUGCCCGCUGUUUUGCUCGAGUUGAACCUUCCCACAAGUCUAAGAUUGUUGAGUUCCUUCAGUCCUUUGAUGAGAUCACAGCUAUGACUGGUGAUGGUGUGAAUGACGCCCCUGCUCUGAAGAAAUCUGAAAUUGGCAUUGCCAUGGGUUCAGGUACUGCAGUGGCCAAGACUGCCUCUGAGAUGGUCCUGGCAGAUGACAACUUCUCCACCAUCGUGGCUGCUGUUGAGGAGGGUCGAGCCAUCUACAACAACAUGAAGCAGUUCAUCCGAUACCUCAUCUCAUCCAACGUUGGGGAAGUGGUCUGUAUUUUCCUGACUGCGGCACUUGGGUUUCCUGAGGCUUUGAUUCCUGUCCAGCUCCUCUGGGUCAAUCUGGUGACAGAUGGUCUGCCUGCCACUGCGUUGGGGUUCAAUCCUCCAGACCUAGACAUCAUGAACAAGCCACCCCGGAACCCAAAAGAACCGUUGAUCAGCGGGUGGCUCUUUUUCCGUUACCUGGCUAUUGGCUGUUAUGUAGGCGCUGCCACCGUAGGUGCUGCUGCAUGGUGGUUCAUCGCUGCUGAUGGUGGUCCAAGAGUGUCCUUCUACCAGCUGAGUCAUUUUCUACAGUGUAAAGAGGACAACCCAGACUUCGAUGGAGUGGAUUGUGCAAUCUUUGAGUCCCCAUACCCAAUGACAAUGGCACUUUCUGUUCUAGUAACCAUAGAGAUGUGUAAUGCCCUCAACAGCUUGUCUGAAAACCAGUCCUUGCUGAGGAUGCCUCCCUGGGAGAAUAUCUGGCUCGUGGGUUCUAUCUGCUUGUCCAUGUCACUUCACUUCCUGAUCCUCUACGUGGAACCUUUGCCACUCAUCUUCCAGAUCACACCGCUGAAUCUGACCCAGUGGCUGAUGGUGCUGAAAAUCUCCUUGCCUGUGAUCCUCAUGGAUGAGACUCUCAAGUUUGUGGCCCGAAACUACCUGGAACCCGGUAAAGAGUGUGUGCAGCCUGCCACCAAAUCCUCCUGCUCGCUGUCGGCAUGCACCGAUGGCAUUUCCUGGCCGUUUGUGCUGCUCAUUAUGCCCCUGGUGGUCUGGGUCUACAGCACAGACACUAACUUUAGUGAUAUGUUCUGGUCUUGACUGACAGCGCCACAUACAGAAGAUGUUUAACUUAAUCAAUUAAUUUUUUUUUUUAUUGUUUAAAGCAACUGUCUAUUUCUGCUGAAUUUUCACAUGAACAUAUUGGCUGGUGAAGGAGGUUUCAUAUUCUAGAUUUUGUUUUGCUUUUUCUGACUCCAGUGGGACAAGAUUUUCCUUUUUUUAUAUACAUAAUUAAAGUGUCCAUUGACAUGUACAGAGAACUAACACUAUUUUAUGCAGAUAUUUUUUUGUAGAUGAAAAAGCAUGUACAGUGUUCUGUUUAAUACUCAUACUUGUACAAAGAUAGUUGAGCCAGCAGACAUUGUCAGCAAAUUAAUUGGCAGCAGACUCUAGGAAAUGAAUGUGUGUGGUUUUUAAAAGAAAAAACAACUAAAUAGCAUGUAUUGUGUCUUUUGCAUGAUUCUUUGGAUUUAAUUUGAUAUCACAGUCUAAUUUUUAUUCAUAAGCCAAUUUUUCUGCACUGAGCAGAGUCCUGCUACCUCAGUCAGUAUUUUUGGUUUGCCACUUCCUGCACCCUCAGCCUCUGUCACCCCCAGCCCACCCCAGCCUGCUCGGCUUCUUCUGUAGGUCUGAUGGUUCUGUUUACAUCCGUAUUCACAAGAGGUUUGCCUGUUCUCGCUUGUGCAGAAAACAUUGCUCCAGAUUCAAUUGACUGGGUUUCUGUCCCUUUGCCUAGUUUUUAAGGUUAUUUAUUUAAAUGUCUAAUGUAUUUUAUUGUAACAGACAUUGUUUUUGCCAACAUUGCCUAUUCAGUGGCACUUCACAAUCUAGUUUAAAAGAAAAAUAAAACAUUUUAAAUGGA